GGAAGGUGAUCCAGGAUGGGGAAAAGCACUGGGCCACUUGUAAUGCUCUUGAUGGUCGUUGCAGUGGUGGAGGCGGAAACGCCACCGAAGCUGGAGUGGCACUACUACAAGGUCCAUAAUACAUGCCGAUACGCGGAAGAGUACGUGAGGCAUCAAGUCAAGAUUUUCUGGGACCACGACAGAGCCGUUACCCCCAAGCUCCUCCGCCUGCUCUACGCUGACUGCUUCGUCACUGGUUGUGACGCAUCCGUUCUGCUGGACGGACCAGAUUCCGAGAAGGAGGCCCCACAAAACAGGGGGCUUGCAGGCUUUGUGAUCAUUGACAAGAUCAAAACCGUUUUAGAAGAUCGAUGCCCUGGGGUAGUCUCCUGUGCUGACAUACUCCACCUCGCCACCAGGGAUGCUCUUAAACUGGCAGGUGCGCCGGCUUAUCCUGUUUUCACUGGACGAAGGGAUACCUUCAAAUCCGAUGCUGCGUCCGUAGACCUGCCUCCCCCCUCCAUCUCCCACCAGGAUGCUUUACAAUACUUCAAAUCCAAGGGCUUAACUGAACUCGAUAUGACCACUCUCUUAGGAGCGCACUCUAUGGGAAGAACCCACUGCAGCUUCAUCGUGGAUCGACUGUACAACUACAACGGCACCGGAAAGCCGGACCCUGCCAUGAACGUCACUUUUGUGGACACACUCAGAAAGCUGUGCCCAUCCCGAAAGAAGGGACAGCACGACCCUCUGGUGUUCUUGAACCCACAAUCUGGCUCUCACUUUACCUUCACAGAAUCUUACUACCAAAGAAUCCUAUCCCACGAAGCUGUCCUUGGGGUUGAUCAGCAGCUGCUGUAUGGUGAUGACUCUUCACAAAUCACUGAGGAAUUUGCUGCUGGAUUUGAAGAUUUCCGGAGAUCUUUUGCUCUCUCCAUGUAUCGAAUGGGAAAUAUCAAUGUUUUGACAGGAAACAAGGGAGAGAUCCGCCGAAACUGUCGAUAUGCAAAUAAGGGCUCCUAGAAUUAAAAAUUAUGAUUAACAAGAUGUAAACAAGCCCAGCCAUCUAAAAUCGAAUUGUUUGUGUUUUUACUAGGAAAAGAAUAAUACAUGAAUAACAUGAAUAAGUCUUUUGUCCUCUGAAA